UCCCGCCGCCGCCGGUGGCAGUAGCCCCGCCCCUCCGCGCGUGGCUUCGCUCGGCCCGCAGAGGCCGCCGGGAGCUGCGUUGCGCGGCAUGGCUCUUGGUGGGCUGGGGGGCUGCCCCGCGGUGCUGCUCCGCAGUGGUCGCAGCAUCCCGGUGCUGGGGCUCGGUACUUCCCAUCAAGGUGGCUAUUCCCAUGAUGCUGUGGUCCAUGCGUUACGGCAGUGCGGCAUUCGUCAUAUUGACACAGCAAAAAGAUAUGGCUGUGAAUCUCUCCUCCAAAAAGCUAUCAAAGAAAGUGGUGUGAAGCGGGAGGACCUCUGGAUAACUACCAAACUGUGGCACAGUGAUUAUGGCUAUGAAAACACAAAAAAAGCCUGCUUGGAGUCAUGUGAAAGGCUUGGUGUUGAAUAUCUUGAUCUUUAUUUGAUGCACUGGCCGGAUACUCAUGUUCCAGGUAAAAGCAAUCAGGAGGUUCGAGCUGAAACCUGGAGAGCAAUGGAGGAGCUUUAUGAGAAAGGUGUGUGUAGAUCAAUUGGCGUAAGCAACUUUCUUAUCAGUCAUCUUGAGCAACUACAGGAAGACUGUCUGGUUACCCCACAUGUUAAUCAGGUUGAAUGUCACCCUUUCCAAAGACCUCAGGAGCUGGUGGACUAUUGUAGGAGCAGAAAGAUUGUUUUUGAAGGAUACUGUCCUCUAGCCAAAGGGGAAGCACUCACUCAUCCUAGUAUCAUUCAGCUGGCAAAGAAAUAUGGCAAAACUCCAGCACAGAUUUGCAUACGCUGGAGUAUACAGAAUGGAAUUGUGACUAUUCCGAAGUCCACAAGAGCAGAAAGGAUACAGGAAAAUUGCACGGUGUUUGAUUUUACAAUAGCAGAAGAUGAUGUUGAAAUUCUAAAUGGAAUGCACGAUGGGAGACAUGUUUCCUGGGACCCAAGCCUUAUUGUGUGAAUGAAGGCUUCGAUUUUAAUCUGAGCGAAGAAGAUGUGGAAUUGUUGAACAUCAUGAAUAUCAACAGAAAAUAAAUGGAUUGUGGAAAGCAUAGCUUAAAAACGGAUUGUUUCAAACUUCAGAAGUGGUGAACUUAAACUUUAAUUCAUUUUAAACUGAAGGAUAAAUUGUUGGAUACUCAAAGUAUCCAGUCAACACCAAUUAACAAUCAAAAUCGGUAAUAAUAACUUGUGUUUACUAUCAUGUUGACCAUCUAAUGAAAUCAUUUUGUAUUCUGUUUUUGUUGCUUCUUGCAAAUACAAAUAUGCUUACUUAAAGUGUUUUGUCUGUUUUCUCAGAGCUGUCUGGCAUGUUCUUCCAGUGUGUGUUAAGCUAUAUCAAAAUAUUGUAAUUAAGUUGCUUUACCUGCGUGUACAUAAUUUAAGGUGCUGUUUUAACCCCUUGGAGCAAGUUAGUUGUGCUUUGUUCUCUGGCAGAUUUUGUGAAGCAUUAGUUACUUCAAGAUGCAGAUGGGAGCAGGCUACAAUGUGCAGAACGUGUGUAACUGUUUGGGUGACUAACAGAAAUUGGAGCGAGUAGGUGCUUUUGUCCCUGUGACAAUUAGUACUUGUCAUUUCUACCUGCACUUUAUGUGAGUACUGUCACCGGUGCUUUGUCUCCUAGUUCUGAGAAGUUACCUGGCUUUGAGAUGAAACUUACAGAGCUGAAAGUAGCAUAUAGAUAUCCUAAUUCAGAAGAUGGUCUGCCCUGCUUUAGAAACAGUUGUGUAAUGUUAUGUUUGAGGUGAUUCUGACCAAGCUUGCUUCACGGUAUCAGAGAUGGUAUAAAGAUGGCCUUGCUUUCAUACUCUGUACUAAAUUUAUGCCACAUUAUCUUCAUUCAGAUUAAUAAUUCAGUUGUGAUAUUUCUGUAGGAGUCAUAAUCUCAGCAUGCAGGUGUUAGGCCAUGUAGUAAGAAUAGCAUUCUCUUCUCAGCUGUAUGAUGUAAACAUUUACAAAUGUACCCAAAAUAGAGUAUGUUUGUUCCAGCUCUGCAUCAAAACUCUGGAUCUGUUGUAAUGCCUUACUUCUUACAUUGUUUCUUCAAUUUCCCCUAGUCAGGGGAACUUGAGGGAUUCUGCUGCCCACUCUUUGUGCUUCCUUAGUGAGCAAAACUAUUCCAUUCUGAGGAUCUCCAUUCUUGACCUGGCACACCAUAGAGGAAUGCCUCUGUUUUGUGGCUAAGCUAUGUCAGGGUGAAUAAAAGGACUUUCUGCAUGGAUAGAUUAAGAUUUUCGAAAGUGCAUAAGGGUGUUGUGUUGGGGAAAAAUGCUUUGGAAAUCUGUCUUGUGGGGAUUUCUUGUCUCUUUUCAGGAUGGGUGAUGGUCACACACUCAUCUGUUGCAAUUGUGAGUCGUCCUGUGGUGCCAGCACUGUGAGAGUGCUAUCUUCUGCUGGUAUCAGAGGCUGCUGACACAGGCUUUGGGAAUAGCCAUACUGCAUUUUUCUGCAAGACAGCAUUGUUUCCUUUUCCUCAAUUAACAGUUACCAGGAUUAAUGCUGGAGAUUAUUUCAUUGAUAAGUUUUUUUUUAAUUUUCAGGCUCUUUACUUUGUAUUUCUUUUUAAAUGAUCUCUUCAUAAAGUACUCUGAAAUUCCCAGUGUUGUUCCCCAUGCCGGUGGGAUGAGUAGGUGCUGACAGCCAUCAGCACAGUCUGCAAAUUGUGUAAUUUGUGAAGGAUCAUAUCAGUACCUUUUCUUGGGACUGAUUAGUCUGUCAGAUGUGCACGCACAGCUUUGUUGGGUUUCAUUGUCAUAAAAUGAUCAGUUUGACUUGCAUCAGAUUGUUGUGUGAUUUGGGUUAAGACACUGAAACUGAAUGUAUGGAGAUUCCUCGGGGUUAUCCUAUCACCACUGCCCUGCGAAACAGCCAGGAUUCUGGAGUGCCCACCACACUGAGUUCCUGUAGUUUCACAAGAACACUGCUUAUCACAGGCAGCCAGUGGGUAUGUAAAACAAGACUUUUUGUUCAUCAAAGAAACUGAAGUAUAAUAGAGUAUGUAUUCAUUAUGUUGUCCCAUCUCCUUUUCUCUGAUUGUGGACAUUCUCAGUUUUCAAAGGCGUUAUAUACCCUGGAUUUCUUCUAUAUAUUUUGUGGAAGUGCAAGUUUCCUUCACGUUGGAUCUGGCAGAUGGAAGGUAUUGAGACAAGAAUUCUUGCUCUGUUGAUUGGGAUGAAGUAUAAUCCUGGCAUAAAUCUCCUCAAUGAACAUCUAUCAGUGUGCUUUUGUUAGAGUUGGUUGGAACAGCUGGAAUUUACCUGUUUGUGUGAUUCAGUCCAUGCAAGGAGGCUAAAAUCUGUGCAGCUGAACCUCAUGAAUCUGCAUGAAUUGAGGUUUUACACGGCCCUCAGAGCAAAAUCAGCUGCUUUGGCUGCUUUUGCCUGGAAAGGAGAAAGUGCUAUUUCAGCAUCCUUACUGCUACGUGUCAACAUGGCUACAGAUGUGUGUGAUCAUCUAAUUUUAACAGUGCUUUUUGUAAUACAGAUGCUCAGCUGUUCGGAGUCAAACUGAAAUUGCCGAGCCAUUUCACACAACCUCUGACAAAUAAUUUGUUGGACAUCACUUCUUUGGGCUGCAGCCUUCUCAGCUGCUUUACCAAUAACUCAAACAUGAAAGCUUGUACAUCUGGCUGUUGAAACCCUGAGUCACUCUGUCCUUUAAUUAAAGCGUGUUCCUUUAUUAUGUCCCUCUUGCUUAAAAUUAUGAGAGAAAAAUUUCAUAGAGGAGAGUGCCUAACAAAUGUGCUUUUAUUUAAUAUUUUCUAUAGAUUAGCUAAGUAAAGGGGAAAGCUUUGCAGUAUCUAGGGUAUGUCAGGCAGUUGCAGGGGAUGCAUAUGUCAACCUCGAGCAUGAUUUAUCUUGCAUGCCUUUUCUGACAGUUGUAAUUUAACGGCUGUACUUUUUCCUCCAGGCUCUCAGGAGGCUGAACAUCUUUUCAAGUUUCUAGCUUGGUGGUGGAGAGUCGACGUCUGUUUGCCAGUGUAAUUUAUUGAGUCAUUCUAGGAGAGGCGUGGAGCAACUGAAGCAUGAGGAUUCACAUAAAUGUGAGAAGAGGGGGACUCUUCCCAGGGCAGCACUGCCCUUGUCUCUUUCAGAGGAGAGCUGCUGCCCUGUAAUGACUGCUGCUGCUCACUGAGAUGUGUGGGGCCGUGGACUAAGAGACUGAUACGUUGUGCUCUGAUCCAUUGUGCUAUUAUUUUGCAUUUCAAUUUGGAGUUAAAAAGAACAAAGUAAGAAAGGAGGAGGAACAUUUCUGCACUAAAAGCAAUUUAAGGUAACCAAGAAUCACGUACACUGAGGUGGGUGCUUUUGGAGGAGUUAAAAAACUCAUUUCUUUCUCAGUCUUUAUAUAAUGGCACUGCUACUGUUGUUUAAAAAAAAAAAAAUUGAAACUUAUUUCUCUUUACAAAACCCAUUUGAAUUCUCUGAACAUUCAGAGAUGUUUUGUGUUGGUUUUUUUUUAUGUUGGAAACCCAAUAAAUAGUGGUGUUCAAG